AUGUCUCUGUCAAAAUACACCUCCACAACAGAAACGACAAACCUGGCACGAGUGGCCAGACUUAUCCUUGGUCCAUGUACAGAUGUGCUGCGGGACAUUCUAAGAAAGGAAUUAUCUCCCUUCAAUUUAUCAAGAGCGGUUAAGAUCUGGGUUGAUCACAAAAGGGACAAAAAUGCAAAAAAUCCCCUUUCAAAACAACAGACAUAUCUCAUUUUCCCGCCCCCUACAAAACAAUAUGGUGGAGAUUACUCAGACUUUGACGUGACGAUUCUAUAUCUCCUUUUACGGAACGUGUGCAACAUUACAGAACAUACGGCGGGAUGGGGAAAACAACCCAACUCCGGAGACAGAAGUGUGUCUGCUAACAUUGAAAGGAUUCGUCUGAUCAGAAACAAAUACUAUGGACAUACAUCGGAUUUUUUCCUGGCGGAGUCGGAUUUUAGACAAGAAUGGCGAAAUAUCCAUGACAUAAUCGUAGAGUUAGAGAGUUACUUAGGGUCAUCCACCACUUACCAGGACGCAGUUAACGAAAUCAAAACCUGCUACAUGGACCCAGAGUUAAAAAGAUGUUACAUCGACAUACUUAGAUUGCAAAAAGCUAUUGAAAUCAAUUCAGAUGACGUUAAGACACUUCAGUGUGUAAUCCCUCAAAAUGUCAAAGCCCAACAUGAAGAAGAAUAUAUAAGAAGAUGGAAGGAAGAAGAUUCUGUAUUCAUUGAAACUCAUGCUUUUUCUAAAAUGCUUAAAAGAGUAAGACAACAACCUUAUGUGACGUUUGUUGGUGUCCCAGGAUCCGGGAAAUCUGCCACAGUUCAACAUAUUGCCCUGAAGCUGCAGAAGGAAGGAUACGAAGUUGUACCUGUGUUGGAUUUUAGAGACCUUAGACAGUAUUGUGAUCCUCAUAAUCCACAGGUUUUUGUUAUAAAUGACGUAAUAGGUGUAUUAGGUGUGCAAAAAGUAAAGUUAGAAUCUUUUUUAGAGUAUGGGCCAAAAAUUACGUCCUUCAAGAAAUCAAAGGUUUUGGUGACAUGUAGAGGAACGCUUUUUAACCAGUGCAACAAAUCCUUUUUCACUAAAGAACAAAAUGUCAUUAAGCUUCACAGCUCAGAAAAUGCGUUGAGUGAUGAUGAUCAAAGAAAUAUUCUUGAGAAGCAUGGGUUAGACAGAGAUUUGUUGUCUCCUGCAUUGCUGACAGAGGCUUCUCGAAUGUUUCCUCUAUUGUGUAAAUUAUAUUCAAAUGAGAAGAAAUUUAGAUCCAAUGGUGAACGAUUCUUUAUUAAUCCUAUCCAGUGCAUUAUCGAAGAAUUCGACAAGAUGCAACAAGCGAACAGUCUUUUUUAUGCAACAUUGGUGUUAUGCACGUUAAACAACAGCAUUAUGUCCGAGGACACUCUGAAGGAUAAGCAAAAUAAAUGUUUUCAGGAAAUGAAACAAGAGGUGUUAGAGAGCUGCGAAGUUGAAAGUAACACAGAUACAUUUAAGUUUGUGAAAGCAUUGUCAGCAAUGGAGGGGACAUACACAAAACGUCGUGGUAAAGAAUUCACCUUUGUUCAUGAUUCCAUGUUUGAAAUAACUGCAUAUCAUUUUGGUAGACAGUUUCCAGAGCUGGUUUUAAAAUAUGUGAAGAGUAGCCAUGUUGCAAAUUACGUCAAACUUCAGACAUGUGAAACACAAAAAGAGAAGAAUAUUGAAACAAAGGACAAAAGUCCCAUUGAUACAUGCACUGACGAAAGAAAAGAGUGUUUGGGGUCAACUGGUGCAAACUAUGAUGAAAACUCCGAACUCAGGAAAGGUAUAGAUCUAUGUUUAAGGGUUUAUGAAAACCAGUAUCCAAUGUUAGCUCAGAGAUUGUACAGAGAUAUAGAGAAUAUGGAACUGUAUGAUGUGUUUAUGAAUGAUGCUUUAAAGGACAAUCAGUUGUGUAAAGCAUUUAUUGGUGUACUAGAGACAAAAGCAUACGCAGAAUUAAAAUCACUCUUUUUAAAUAAACAAGACAACGUAUCUAAUGUGCUCAGAUGGGACGUCACUUCUUCUGAGGAAAGUAAAAAUGAUAAGAUAGCGAAUAUUGGGAUCAAAAACUUUUUAUAUAUAGAGGGGCUACUGCUGGAUAAAAGACAGAUAAUUAUAGAGCCAUUUACAUGCAAUGUGCGAGUGAUCAGUUGGGUGAUUUACUAUGGACAUCACCAAAUCCUUAGGUACAUCGUAGAUCGAACUGAACUACACAAAGAAACAUCGUCUGCAUUAUUCAGGGAUUUUAAUUCUCAUCUCAGAGAUCUAACACCAGAACAGGGAACCACUGCUAGCUACAUGACUUAUGUAUUAGAAGAAACUCGGCUACUUGUUCUCUCUUCUUAUGGGGGUGAUGUUGAGACUGUUAGAAUUUUACUGGAACAUAUCGAUUUAAACUUUACAAUUAAUAGAACGCCACAUAUCUACUCUCAUAAGGUGAGAUUUUCUGGGGGAGAUUUAUGUCGACGAAAUACACCACUAAUAGCAGCAUGUUUAUUUGGCCACGUGUCUGUUGAAAAAGAGUUGAUCGGGGUAGGUGCUGAUAUCAACAUGCAGAGUCAUGAUCAUACACCACUGACAGCAGCAUGCAAUGGUGGACAUUUGAGUGUCGUGAAAGAACUUCGCAAAAAAGGUGCAGAUGUUAUUUGGAGGUGGACAUACAAUUGUAGCGAAGGAGCUGCUACAGGCAGGAGCAAAGGUAAACCCAAGAGUCUUAAUGAUACACCAUUGAAUGCUGCAUGCAGUGGUGGUCAUCUCCAAGUGGUUAAAGAACUUCUAAAAGCUGGGGCUGAUGUCAAUCUACCGGAACUGCUGAAAGCAAAAGCUGAUGUCAAUCACCAAGAUAAUGAAGGAAGUACACCAUUACUAGCCUCUAUUAUUCGAAAUCAAGAUAAAGCUCUAAUAAAAGAUCUUCUUGAAGCGGGUGCUGUUGUAAAUCAACACGAUGAAGAAUGGUUUACACCCCUAGCAGCUGCAUGUUUAGUUGGAGAUUUGAGCCUUGUGAGAGAGCUUCUUGAAAUGGGGGCUUUUGUUAAUCCACAGCAUGUAUGGUUUGAUGAUGUAAAACGCUCACUGCAACUGAUAUUAAAUGUACCCUUUCAUUGCAGUCUUCACAAUCCAGACACAAUUUUGAGUCUCAUUGAGAAAGGACCAGAGGAGAAGCACAUAACACCAUUGACAGCUGCAUGUCUUGGUGGGAAUUUGAUUGUGGUGAAAGAAGUGCUCCAAAAGGGGGCUGAUGUCAAUCCAAUAUUCGUAUGGAAGACGCCAUUAACUAUUGCUUGUAAAUGUAGGCGACUUGAUGUUGUUAAGUUACUGCUAAAGUUCGGAACUAAUGUCAAUUUCAAUCCCUGGAAUACAUGGACACCGGAUAAAUACAAAACACCAUUGACAGUUGCUUGUAAGAGUGGAUACUUAGAACUUGUCAAAGAGCUUUUAAAUGCAAAAGCAGAUGUUAAUCCACAGAGUGUGUGUAAUACACCAUUAGUACAUGUUUCACACCUCGAACAAAUGGUUUUUGCUGCUACCAAAUCACUUGCUGCAUGCGCCGAUGGAUAUAUAGAUGUGGUUAGAGAAUUGCUCCAAAGAGGGGCUGAUGUCAAUCUAAAGGGUAGAUAUAGCACUCCACUGACAGCUGCAUGUAAGGGUGGACAUUUGAAUGUAGUGAAAGAGCUCCUACAGGCAGAAGUCAAUGUCAAUUUACAUCGUGAAGAUGAUAUGCCACUGAUAGUAUCGUGUGAGGGUGGAAAUAAGGUUAUUUUCAAGGAGCUGAUUGAGGCGGGGGCUGAUGUCCAUUUACAAGGUAAAUAUAGCACUCCAUUGACGGCUGCAUGCUCUGGUGAAUACACUGACAUCGUAAGACAACUUCUAAAUAUGGGAGCUAAAAUCAAUCAAAGCACUUUAUGGGAUACACCUUUGAUAGCUGCAUGCAGAGGGGGUAAUGCAAAUACAGUGAAGGAGGUUCUUGAAGCUGGUGCUUACGUCAAUUUACAGAAUCAAGAAGGGGAGACACCACUGUAUAAAACAGUAGAUAGCAAUAAAACAUCCAUCUCCGUUUUAAAAAUGCUUAUUAAAAGAGGCGCUGAUUACAUUCAGCAUGCAGUUGUGGCUACAAAUAGUAAGGAUGAUGUGGUGUUUAAAAAGAACAAAGUCUGGGAUCUAAAAGAUAAUGUGUACAUAAAAUUACGUCGAGCAGAUUGUGACGUGUUGAGGCAUUUGCUGUUCAUCGGUCUGGAUUCUAACCAAGAUAUUCUUAUUCGCAAAGGAUCAAAUGAGGCGGACGUCAAACCCUUACUUUUUAGACUCAUUGAUGGCAGCUUGUUUUGUAAUACCAAAUGCCCUGAGAAAAUGGUAUCUGUUUUACUGGAGGCUGGGGCAGAUGCUAAUUUGAGGGUGAAAUACAGAGAAUAUAACUGUGUGGUGGACAAAGAGGGUAUAUCCGCUUUAAAAAGAACCAGGCAAAUGAUACUGGAACUCAAAAACCCUCAAAGAUAUUUCUCUUUUAAGGAUAAGAGAAUGAUGAAACGCAAGUAUCGAAUGAUUUUGAAAGAAAUAAAGAAACAUGUCAGAAGAUAUUCCAUUUGA